AAUAUGGCGGCCCCCUGUGGUGGCGGGAUCAGCCGGGGAGGGAGGGUGAAGGCCGCUUCAGUUGGGAGCGGCUCCGCUUCACCAGCAGCGAGAGAAGGUCCUGAGGGUUAGUGUAAACCAUGGAGCCGGAACAUUUGGAAGUGCGUUGUGCGGUCCGACAGGCACUCAAUACACUCUCAUCCUCCAAGGACAGGGCAGAAAUCACACACACCCUCCAGUGCAUCAAGCGGUAUCUGGGGGGAGCGGAAAGUGACAUCCCCCUGCGGCAGAGGGAGGAGUUCGUGAAUGUGCACUAUUCCAGGUUCCUCCACGGGUUGAUCGGCAGUCUCAGUGCUGACUGCUUGGAGCAGCAACAGUUGUUCGAUGAAUUGUUUCUUGAAGGACCCGCUGACCAGGCGUUCCUUGUGCUACUGGACACCAUCACAUCCACCAGCUCGAGUCCCCAGCAGACCCGGUGUGUGAAUGUCUUGGAACGCUUCCUGCGGGAUGGCCGGAUGACGGAGAUGAUCUGGGAAUUCUGUCAGACACAGGAUGGACCGAGCCCCUCCAACUUGCACCAGGCGAUCCUCAGCAAGACGGUUUCUCUCCCAGAUCACUUGGCAAACAAGCUGCAAAGCAGCAACCGUCCGGCCUUCUACCCAAAUCGUUACUUUCCACUGCUGGCUCAGCAGAUGCUCUUAGCCCUGCGGAGGCUGUGUAACCGGCUCAAAGGUGGAAAGGACUGUUCCCUCUGCUUUAUGUCUCAGCUCCUGGGGAAGCUUUGUGUGCAGGGACAUGGCGAUGCUGUUCUGCAGGUGCUGCUGCCCCCUUUGACGUCUCUGACUCAGUCGGAUUACAUUUGGCAGAGGAUCUGUUGGCGAUUGGUGGAGAAUGUUCCAGAUCGAUGGAUGGAGAGUGUGAUUUCUGGGCUGGUGUGCUUGGCGGCAGGGCCAGAGGUGCUGUGUCGGGUGCUUGGCAGCAUUGUGCUGAAGAAUAAGAAAGCUCAGUUUGUUGUAACCCAUAAACUGCUGCUCCUACAGUUCAGCUACCAGACUGCUGUGCUCCAAAGCCUCCUGGGAUACCUGGCAGGAGAGACUGGGCGACGGCAUUUACUGAUCAAGGUGCUGAAGCAGCUGAUGGAGACCUGGAGUAACCGCAGCGCUGUCCGGCACACGCCAGUGGAGCAGCAGCUGUACAUUACCAAAGCCAUCCUCAUUAGCCUGGCACACCUCCGAGACUCAGAGCUACAGGAGCACAGAGCAGAGCUACUGGCUGCAAUGAUGAGUGGGAUGGAAUGUCACCUGGACAGUAACCUGCCUCGUGUGCGACGUCUCGGCAUGCUGCUGGCUCAGAGUCUCAGCCCCAGGAUCUGCCCCAGCGAACAACCCCUCAGCUUCCAGUACGAGGAAGAUGAGGAAACAAAAGAAUUGCAGUCUCUCUUAAUACUGAGACCGCAGUCUUCCUGGAAGAGCACUCAGCAGGAGCAGAGUGGUGCUGGGUGUGAGCCGGCCAGGGACAUCGAGGAGCAGUGUGCAGGGCUAGCUCCCCCCGGCCUGCCCUCGCAGGACCCAGAGUCUGACUCCGAGCUCGACAGUGAUGAUGAACUCAUCCCAUACGAUAUGUCGGGUGACCGGGAGCUACAGAAGUGCAAAGCCCCAGCCUACAUCAGUGGCUGCGUGGAAGUCCUGAUGAAUUGCGAAGAUCCUGAGCAAAUUGAGGCCACUCUGAACACUGUGGAGAGUCUGAUCAGGAAAACUCCCGCUGCAACCAAAGAGCUCAGUCUACAUUUAGCGAGGCUGCUGCUACAUCUUGAUGACAAGUACAACAUUGAGGGCUUUGUGUCUCUGCGUCAGCGAGCGAUGGUGGGGCUGCUUGUGGUGGACACCAUUGCUGUCGCUCAGUACCUUACUCAGCAGUUUUACGCAGUAAACUACAGCUUGUGCCAGCGGCUGGACAUCUUGGAUGUUCUGGCAUUGGCUGCACAGGAACUAUCGCAGCCUGGCACAGAAAGCAAAGCAGCACCUGCACCUCUGCUCGAUUGUGGGAGAGGAGGUGGUGGAGCAGCGCUGCCUGUACCUCACGCCCAGCACUGGCGGAGGAUAGUGGAUGAGCGGAUAAAGAGCAAGACCCGGCGCUUCGCUCAAGGAGUCUCCAGGCCAGAAGCCAUUGCUGCUCCAAACCGAUAUGGCCCCGUCGCUGCUCACUUCUUCUUUCCUCUGAUCAGCAACUAUGACAGGCCCCAGACCAGCUUUGACUUUCUUGGCGAGCAGCCGCUGAUGAUGGGACGCCUGAUCCACACACUGGGAAUCCUCAUGUACUUCGCUGUGAAUACACCGAUUGCUAUUCACAUGGGCAAAUCACUCCUGGAUUUUAUCUGGACUGUUCGGUACCAUACAGAUACAUAUGUCCGCCAGGGAAUCCUCUUUGCUGUUUCCUCACUGCUACUGAGCGUGCCCAGCGAGGGUCUCCUGUCUGAGGUGCUGGAUGAGGUCCUGGAACUGAGAUGCUGGCUGGCAGACGUUGCUGAGAAAGAUGCAGAUGGAGAUUGCCGGAGGUUGGCUGUGCAGAGUCUUCUUUUACUAGAAAACAUCAGACAGAAACUGGGAAUCUGUCUGGAAUAGUUGGAGCAGUGAAGCUAGAAGACAUGUCUCUGGGUGUGGCUGCUUCUCGUUUACAAAGCAAAAUGUUUUGUGACCCAGAAAAUCGGUUGCGCUCGCCAGUCUCGACGGCUACAGAGCAGGAUCUCCAAGGCGGUACAGAGUGUACUUCGCUCCAGUAACAACAUGUAUAUCAUCGUCCCAAUUCAUGGAAGGUCACAGAACUUGAGUAAAGCUGAGACACAGCAUCGGAAAAGUGAUCGUAACUGCCCAUCGCUGGCACUGCCUGACACUAGUGUCCCAGCAGAGGGCAGAUGGUUGUGGUGCAGUGCACAGGAUAUAAAGUUCAAUCUGUCAGUGUAACAGAAGCUGUUAAAGCCACUGCAAUAUGUCACAGAUGUAAGAUCAUGUACACUGAUGUACAUGAAUAGGCUUUCUGUUCACAGCCCUGGUCUAAAUGAGCAUUUGUGUAAUAAACUUUGUGCUAUUUUAUGAAUCUUUGAACUCCCUAUGAUGUGAGAUCUAAUCAAUUUGUAAUAUAGCAGCAACAAGUGAGACUGGGACAAUAGUUUGAUUCACAGAAUUCUGUGCUAUAUGUAACUGCUCCACAUGUGAUGUUAGUCUUGUGUAUAUUGCCUGAAAGAGUUGCUGGGUGUGUCUCAGAGCCAAAAAGGGGAAGUAGAUUGAUUGGGGCCCAUGUUGUCCCCGUACUGACUGACUGAAAGGACAUCAGCAAUGACCUGGGGGACCAGGGAGAAAAUAACAAAGCACUGGUAAAGUGACCCAGAGCUGCAGAGUGCAGGGGACGGUAUUUCCUGCCGGAGCAGACUGCUUCACUGGACCAUGUUACUGCUGGUUCUGAGAAUUUUGGGGUGGAUCCUUAUUUCCAAACUGCCAAUGGCAAUGACCACAAAACAGAGUUGAUUGGGGCAACUAUCUCAGGCAGUUCGACCGACCCGUCUCUGCCCUCACAAAGGCAGUACUUGUGAUGGGUAAGCUUUCAUCACUGGUGCCUGACCCUAGUGUGACGUGAGAUGGUGAGUGGCAUGCCAUGCAAGCUCAAUCUGACCCUCCAAUUUUGACCAGAAGGGAAGUCUCAGGUGAGCGAUCAAGAGGAAGAAAUGUGGCUGAGGUUUUCUUUGGGUUGAAAAUACUGAGUCAAUUGGGACAAAUCUACCACUUGGAAUCCUAUUGAUGGGAUGGGCAGCCUCAUAUUGAUCACCAAGGCCCCAGAGAUCCUCGAUCUGCGUGGCUCAGGCAAAGCAACGUUAUUGCAAUUGCCCACUCACUGGGCAUAGCAUUGUGAAGCCAGAGAUCCCUCUUACUCCCACACCCACCCUCCUUUACUCUCCUCCCCA